AUUUGAAACAUUUGGGUGUGUCCUGUCUUUUGUUUUGAUCAGGAUUUGAAACAUUUGGGUGUGUCCUGUCAGUAGACAUUUAAAUUGCUAUUACAAUUACUGUACCUAUCUAUCUACUGUAGAGUCAACUGAAGAGCCUUGAUCCACAGAGCAAGGGGGUCCAAUUCUUUAGACUAGCCUCUUUGUUUGGCAGCAGAUGUCCCUAGGAGAGCCUGAGUAGCUGCUGAAGGUAGAGCAGAGGGAGAAUUCUUGUUGACGUGAUGGUCAGGUGGAGUGUGUGGCGCAGCCCGGUGAUGGUGCCCCUGUCCUGGAUAGGAGAGCUGACGACAGGUGUGCGCUGCAGCAGCAGUAUGCCGGUGGUCAGACGGGCGUACUCAUACAGCAACAGCACUAUCAGGCCUUUCAGUGAGAUUCCUGGACUGUGGAAGAAUGGGGUGGCCAACUUGUACAACUUUUGGAAACUGGAUGGCUUCAAAAACCUUCACCGCAUCAUGUUGCAGAACUUCAACACUUUUGGACCCAUUUACAGAGAAAAAGUAGGUUAUUACGAAAGCGUCAACAUCAUCAAUCCUGAAGAUGCUGCUAUCCUGUUCAGAGCGGAGGGCCAUUAUCCUAAGAGGCUGAAAGUUGAAGCAUGGACAUCAUACAGAGACUACAGGAAUCGCAAAUAUGGAGUUUUACUAAAGAAUGGAGAAGACUGGAGAUCAAACCGUGUGAUUCUCAACAAGGAGGUGAUUUCCCCGAAGGUGAUGGAAAACUUUGUGCCUUUGCUGGAUGAAGUGGGUCUGGAUUUUGUGGCCAGAAUUCACAAAAAGAUAACGCGAAAUGGCCAGAACAAAUGGACCACUGACCUCUCUCAAGAGCUCUUUAAAUAUGCACUUGAGUCCGUGAGCACAGUGCUGUAUGGAGAGCGUCUAGGUUUGAUGCUGGACUACAUCGACCCUGAAGCUCAACAUUUUAUUGACUGCAUCACCCUCAUGUUCAAGACUACCUCACCCAUGCUGUACAUACCUCCUGCUCUGUUGAGGCAGAUUGGAGCGAAGGUAUGGCGCGACCAUGUGGAGGCUUGGGAUGGGAUCUUCAACCAAGCGGACCGCUGCAUCCAAAAUAUCUACAGGCAGUUACGUCUGGAAGGUGGCCCUCCAAAGAAAUACCCAGGAGUCCUGGCUAGCCUGCUCAUGCUGGACAAGCUGUCCAUUGAAGACAUCAAGGCGAGCAUCACUGAGCUAAUGGCAGGAGGCGUAGAUACAACUUCUAUAACGCUGCUGUGGACAUUGUAUGAACUAGCUAGGUACCCCAACCUCCAGGAGGAGCUGAGGGCCGAGGUGGCUGCAGCUCGAGCUGAAAGCCAGGGAGACAUGCUGGAGAUGCUGAAGCGGAUUCCGUUGGUCAAAGGAGCUUUGAAGGAAACACUGAGGUUACACCCAGUUGCAGUGAGCUUGCAAAGAUACACAGCAGAAGAUAUCAUUAUUCAAAACUACCACAUCCCAGCUGGGACUCUGGUCCAGUUAGGACUGUAUGCAAUGGGCAGAGACCCCAAAGUGUUUUUUCGUCCGGAGCAGUAUCAGCCCUCUCGCUGGCUGAGGACAAAGACGCACUACUUCAGAAGCCUGAGCUUCGGCUUCGGCCCCCGUCAGUGUUUAGGACGCAGAAUAGCUGAGGCCGAGAUGCAAAUCUUCCUUAUCCACAUGCUUGAGAACUUCAGAGUGGAGAAGCAGCGCCAUGUGGAAGUGCAGAGUACCUUCCAACUCAUUCUCUUACCAGAGAAACCUAUAAUAUUGACUUUGAAGUCUCUACAUACAAGUCGAUAACACCAAGUUUGAGAGACAAAUUGUGGUGCAUGAUAAGCUAGGCUCAUAUCUAUAGAGCUUUAUUGCAGUGAAUUGUAAAGGUCUUAAGAAAGCACCACAAUAUAAACACUAAAUAAUCAUAAUAAUUCAAACCUUAGAUGAUGAUAGAGAACAAGAAAACAUUAAGAAAGAAAAAGCUAAAAACCUGCAUGAACAAAAUACCUCAGUAAUUCUAGAACUAGUGAUCAGUAAUUAUAUGUAUUGUAUAUUACUUAGUGAGUAAUUUCAGCAAUGAUGGUAAAGUGUAGUCUGUGUGUGUACAAUAUUUUAAACACACCUGGAAUGUACAGAUGCUUUAUUCCAUGUGCAUAUGGAAAACGUAUUGUCCAGUCCCAGAUAAAGAACUUGGCCACAGUCGGCUUUGUAAAGUGUGUUCUGAUUCAAGCAGUGGAAAACACUAUGGUAUCUAUGCCUGCAACGGCUGCAGCGGCUUCUUCAAGCGCAGUGUGAGACGAAGACUCAUCUACAGGUGUCAAGCUGGAACUGGCAGGUGCCCC